GUUCUAAAGGAAGUUUAUAAAAUCAAAUCAAAAUAAUUGUAUGUCACACAAUCAACUUUGUUCUAAAUAAAAAGUUCUGACCAAAAAAAAAGAGUAGUUUCUUGUGUAGUAAAAUGACUUUCCAAGAGUGAAUUGAAAUGGCAGAAAUUGUAGUGGUGUUUGUUUUAGAGAAACUCUUCAAACUUGUUGCACAAGAAAGCUACAAACUAAUAGUUGCAAAAGCAAAGUUGCUGAUAAAGCUACAUGAAGGCUUUCAAGAGAUCCAACUUGAACUUGAAAGCAUCCGAGCUUUCCUCAAGGAUGCAGACACAAGAGCUGCUGAUGAUGGAGGAUCCAAUGAAGGAGUCAAAACGUGGGUGAAGCAACUCAGAGAAACAUCUUUUCGCAUAGAAGAUGUGAUUGAUGAGUAUGUCAUGUAUUUGGCAAAAAAGGUCGAAAAUUCUGGAAGCCCGAUCAUAACAAAAAAGAAAUCGAAACAGUUCAAAACCAAGAAAAGAAUUCAAAUUGCUUCUGUUAUUAAUGGCAUCAAGUCAUCCCUUGUUGAAAUCAAUCGAAGAAGAUUGAGGUAUGACUUCAAAGCUGAAAAUGGAUCAAGCUCUAGAGGGGCUACUCGAAAUGAAAAUGAUGGUGACCCUCGAAUGGCUUCUCUUUUCAUUGAAGCGACUCAAAUUGUCGGGUUUGAGAAACCAACAGAAGAUUUGGUGCGUUGUUUGGUGGAGGGAACCAAGGAGCUCGUGUUGGUUUCUGUGGUUGGCAUGGGAGGACUCGGAAAAACAACUCUUUCUAACCAUGUUUUUCAUAACCAGCGUGUGAAAAAACACUUCGAUUACAGACUCUUUAUCACAGUUUCUCAAUCUUAUACUGUGAAGGAGUUGUUGAUUGAAAUGGUAAAGAAGUUCUGUAAGGACAACAAAAAGACUAUUCCAGAGGAUCUGCAGGAAAUGGAUAAACAAACACUGAUUAAACAAGUGAGACAAUACCUUCAGUUGAAAAGGUACUUGGUUUUAUUUGAUGAUGUUUGGAAAGAUAUAUUUUCUCAUGAUAUUGAACAUGCCUUAAUUAAUAAUAAUAAGGGAAGUAGAAUCGUUGUGACCACUAGAAUAAUGAAUGUAGCAAAAUCUUUUAAGAAAUCUUUUCAUGAUGUUAUUCUUGAGCUGGAAACUUUGCCUGAAAACAAAGCACAGGAACUGUUUUACAACAAGGCAUUUAGAGGGCAGUGUCCAACAGAAUUUGAGGAGUUGUCCAACGAAAUUGUUCAAAAAUGUGGAGGGCUACCACUGGCAAUUUUGGUCAUUGGAGGUCUUUUGUCAACAAAACCUAGAACCACAAUUGAGUGGAGAAAGGUGAGUCAAAAUCUCGGAAUAGAGUUAAAUCUUAAUCUAGACAAGAUUUUAUCUCUUAGUUAUGAUGAUUUGCCUUACCAUUUGAAAUCAUGCAUGCUAUAUUUUGGUAUAUAUCCUGAGGACUACACCAUCAACCGGAAGAGACUUACCCGACAAUGGAUGGCUGAAGGGUUUGUUAGGUAUGAGGAGCGAAAAACUUUGGAGGAUGUUGCGGAAGAGUACCUGACAGAGCUGAUACAAAGAAGUUUGGUUAAUGUUUCCAGACUUGGCUUUGAUGGGAAAGUCAAAAGUUGUCAAGUCCAUGAUGUGUUGCGUGAAGUGAUCAUUAAAAAAAUGGAAGAUUUAAGUUUUUGUCAUUUAAUUCAUAAAGAUAACGAACAAGUCACUGUUGGAAUAACUAGACGCUUUUCUAUAGCAGCUGUCUCCAACAAUGACUUGAUAAACACUACUAACAAAGGAAUUCGUGCUAUUUUCAUUUUUGACAAAGGUGAAUUGCCGAAUGAUUUCAUGGAUGGAUUGUCUAAAGAGUUCAAGCUUUUGAAAGUACUUGAUUUCGAGAACUCUUUGUUGAAUUCUAUUCCUGAUAACUUGGAGAAUCUUUUCCACCUAAGGUACUUGAACCUGAGUCAUACAAAAGUUACAGUUCUACCAAGAUCCAUCGGUAAGCUGGUAAACUUAGAAACCUUGGAUCUAAGGCAAACUAAAGUGCACGAGUUACCAAAAGAGAUAAACAAGCUCACAAAACUAAGGCUUCUUCCAGUUUAUUAUAGAAAAUAUGAAGGGCAGUAUUCUAUGUUGAACUUUACAGAUGGAUUGAAAAUGCAAAAAGGUAUUGGAAGCUUGAUAUCAUUACAAAAGCUUUACUUUUUGGAAGCAGCUGAUCAUGGUGGAGUAGACCUUAUCCGAGAGCUCGAAAACUUGAUACAAUUAAGGAAGUUAGGCAUAAAGCGUGUGCUGCAAGGACAUGCAAAUGCUCUAUGUGCUGCAAUACAAAAGAUGAAGCACCUUGAAUCUCUAAACAUUGGUGCUAAAGAUAAGGACGAAACCCUUGACUUGAAUUUUUUAUCAACUCCUCCACCUAAUCUUAGAGUUCUCAACUUGAAAGGUAAAUUGACAAAUUUGCCUAAUUGGAUUCCAAAUCUCAACUGUCUUGUGAAGUUAAGACUCGGCCUAUCUAACUUUGAACAUGAUCCACUAGACUCUUUGAAGAAGUUGCCUGAAUUGUUGAGGCUGAAUUUGUGGGAUGAUGCAUUUGCCAGUGAUAGUUUGCAUUUUCAAGUUGGAGGAUUUCCAAAGCUGAAGGAAAUUGAUCUCACUAGAUUGAAUAAACUCAGUUCUAUAUCUAUAGACAAAGGAGCUUUACUUGGUCUUCAACACUUCAGAUUUAAAAACAACCCUCAAUUGAAGGUAUUACCCCAAGACCUCCAAAACUUGAAAAACCUUCAAUUUCUUGGAUUUGCCGAGAUGCCAGCUGAAUUAGUUGAUAGCAUAGAGGUAGAUGGACCAUGCCAUGGGAUUAUCAAUCAUAUUCCCCUUGUACAAAUUCGUGAGAAUGUUGGAUCUCAAUUUCAUGACUAUAGGUUGCGACGCAUUCGUACAAAAAUCAACAUGAUGCCUGAAACAUCAAGAUUCAAAAUCUCCCUGAUGCAGCUCACAACAAGAUGCACUUUGAACUCUAUUAAUUAUCAAUUUGUUUUGGCUUUCUUUUUCUGUUUUCUGUCAUUUGUGGUGUGGAUGCUUUUCUACAUAUAUGUGUAUUAACUUCUUUCAUAUUUCAUUAUGCUAUUUUUCUUUGUAUGCACUGCACUCUUUUUCCCUGAGAAGGUUUUUAACGAGGCAGUUGUUUGUAUUUAUUUCCUCUUGGGUUUUGGUCUAAUCCCCCCAAGAUGUUUGUUCUCAGUUGCAAUUUUUAAUAAUAUUUUACUUUGAA